GGUCCAUGGCGGAACCUAAAGCUUGACAAGUGUCGUGUAAUAGAUACGGAAGUUGUGUAUGGCUAAUGUGUUGAUAUGCAAUUUAAACAUGGUGGAUGGUGAGACUAAGUAUGUGUAAUCGGCGAGUGGAAGUAUCUUAUUUACUAGUUCAACAGAGUGUGGCCGUUUUGUGUAGUAGUAGCUGACCCUUUUCGAGUAUCAAGACUGUUUGAAUGUUGAUGAAAAACAAACCUAGGGUCUUGGUUUAGCUCGGUAUGUCGUCAACUGGAUGAAUCUAUUGUAUUGUGCUAUCAAAUCAAACUGAGAAAAACACAAAUCGUCAAUAACAGCCAGCGAUGGCUGAUCAAGAAGAAGACUUGAUGACCCUGUCUACUAAAAUAUCGCCAGUCUAUGGCGGAAAUCUCUACAUCGUAUUCUCAGAUGAUGUGUCAUUCCCAUUAGAUGCAGAAUUAUAUCUGGUAUUCGAGGGAUCACGUCAACGUCAUGUGACAUCAUGUGAUCUUGUCAACGAGCAUACCUUGCAUUCCAGGAUACCAGCUCACGCAAAGCCAGAGAGUGUGGAAUUGACGAUAUAUCGAGUUGUACAGAGGUCCUGUCAUUUUAUAGCUAGUGUGCCUUUCUAUUAUCAGUAUGACACGGCCUAUUUUAUGGUCCAAUUUCUACUGGAUAGUGUUUACAAUACCCAAUCAUUAGAUAAUUUAGAACUUGUACGAUCGGACAGAUUUGAUUUAGCUAACGAAGAACGGACAACGUUAGAUGAGAGAUUAGUGUUAGCAUUUCGUUACAUACCUUUUCCUGUUGGUUGGAAUAUUCUUGGCUAUGAACCAGAUAUAAAACAAGUGGAGAGGGAAACAUUAUUACAUUUUACAGCUAGAUUAGGUCUAUUUCAAGUAGCCUUAUUUCUAUUGGCUAAACCUGGAAGUCAUAUAUGUGUGCAAUUAUUGAAUAAAGAAGGAUAUACACCAGCCGAUCUUGCGGCUAAGAAUGGUUUUCAGGAAUUAGUGGAACUACUUUCAAGGUAUAAUACCAAUGGCAUGGUAACAAAUACAGACCAACAAAUAUCUACACAACAUGGAUUAAUACAAAGUCAUGAAAACGGUUCUACUACUUUAUCUACAUACAUAGAUUCUCCUUCACUACGUCCUGUAGAGGAGGAUAUUGAUAUGUUACAGUCCGUACAUAACAGUAUGAAGAGAAGUGACAGUGAUAAUACACAACAAUAUAGGAGUAGUUGGCCUGAUACACCUAAGAAAUCACAACAACCAGAUUGUAACAUGGUUUGUAAUAACAACAAUAUGGAGGAAGCCAUUGAUAGAUUAUUUAAAGAAAGACAAUCACAUCAAAAACUAUUGGAGUCUGUCUGUGGUCCGCAGUUGUUUACCGUUAAUAAAACAUUAAGUGCUAAAAACGUGCGAUCAAACGGAAACAGUUAUAACCAUAUAAACUCUAAUAACUUACAGUCAGACGAUAAUAGAGGGGAGAUAACUGGUGAUGCUGGACAGUGGGGUAUAUUAGAGGGAAGUUUAAACAGCUUACGCGGAAUAAGUAACGAAUUAUUAAAACUUCGUGACGCCCGAUCACUGGAUUCCACUCUUGGGCAGGAUUUACGAAAGGACAGUCUUGCCCGUUUCAGUACGUCUUGUCCAGCCCUUGAUGUAGAGGGUCGAGAGUCACCUUCAGCUUCAAUAGAUGAAGCAGAUCAUCAUAAGUCUAUGCUUGACUUGGCUGAAGAUUCUCAACAAAAUGAAGGUCUGGACGUGGAAACCACCCAGUAUCAUAACAGGAACUUUCUGUCUCCCAAUUUGUCUACAGACACUGUAGAUCCAAAUAUCCGAAUCUGUAUCAACGGAGUAACUGUCGACAGUUCUACGGAUUACGCUGAUCAGUUACAAGGUGAUAAUUAUUCAGACGGAUAUUUAAAUUCAACUUAUAGCAGUAAUGAGGUUAACGGUAAUUGUCCAAGAAGACGGAGCUGGUGUCCUAAUAAUAACAACCUAGAAGAUUCGGAUCAGACUAAUCGUCAAACGUCCAGAGCUAGAAUGUUGGCUCUUACUGGCAAAAGUAUGAGUCUGAAUAGUUUGGACGGAGCUGAUGAUGAUUCGGAAGAAGAUUAUCAGGAUGCCAGGGAACAAGCCACACCCAGUCUUUCUCGGAUAAAACUCGGCACUAGUGUCGAUAAGCAGCGCAAAAGUGAUAAUACCGCUACAACUUAUUAUGAUAGAAGUUUUUCGCCAGCUAUUGUGACAGGGUCCAGUCCACCAGCCAAAGAUAUGCCAGAUGCCAGUUCUUACUAUAACCCGAUUGUGAGCGAAGGAGCAGUUUCGGGGCCCUCAGUCCGGUCUUACCCAGACCCACCACUUCGUGCUGAUUCUAUGAAAGAGGAGACGCAUAAGGAUAUAGCAUUUAGAACGUAUUCUGUUGAAGCAACUAAAACCGUGCGAUCUUACGAUGAAGAAGACAGUAGCUUGAGCGUACCACAUUCCAAUAUGACAAAAUCUUUAUCAACACCGUCUAUACCAGCUGCUGCUGCUGCUGCCAACGAUAACGUUAUUUCUUCUGAUGAUCGUAAAAGAAGUUUAAGAAGGGAACCAAAUCGAGAAGGGAAACAACCUGGUGACCAGUCUUAUCUUGUUAUACAAAAACUUGUUGAAGAACAUGAUGCUUUGUUUCGAAGACAACAAGAAGUUGAAGAAUAUGAUGAUGAAUCAGUCGUUCCUCAAACUUCUAAAAAAUCUUCCAUGUCUUUACGAGAUUUCCUCAACGAGGAUGUUAAGUCCAGGACUCAUAGAUCUCCGUCACCAGAUAGUGAUGACAAAAGUAAACCAAAGAAAGAAGAGGAUAGAAAGAAAAGAAAAACUAGCGUCUUCUCUCGGAUUAGUUACAGAAAUAAAAAGAAGGAAAAGGAGAAUAAGAUAAAGACAACUCACCAGUUUGUUUCUGUGUGUUUCGGUAAUAAUACAGCAUGUGACGUUUGCCAUAAAACCAUGGCUAACAAACCAGCUAUAAGAUGUGAAAAUUGUUUGAUUAACGUACAUGAGAAUAAUUGUAAAGAUCAGAUGCUGCCCUGUGAUAAAUAUAGAAUGGUCAAGGUUAUACCCAGAGAUGGCCAGACGGGUGGACAGGCCUUGAUAGAGAGACAGACAGUUUCAGUUCAAGGAUCUGGUUUACGACCAUCCCAUUCAUUUAAAGAUAAAAGAUCAGUGUCUGCUCCUGUCAGAACUCCGGCACCGAGUACAGCUCCCUUUAUACCUCAUAGACACAGUUUACCCUCCAACAGUGUUUAUGGUUCCCCUCCCUCUUACUCCAGUCUAUAUUCACAGCUAUCUACUACCUCUUCGUCUCUUCUACAUAAAGCUAUUAAUGAGGAGAGUGAAACUGAUUCGAUGGGUCCGGGACACGAUAUAGGUCCUUCCAAUAUAAACGAUACCAUAUCAGAAUCUAUGGAAUCAUUAGUUGAACCGGUUCUAUCAGAAAAAGAUGUAUUGGAUGAUGAACCUGAUUUAUUAUUAAGUGUAUCAGAUCCUGAAGCAUGGAGUGUAUCUGUUGAUCGCAAGACUGUAAAGAAAAUGGGAACAAAAGACAUUAAAAGACAAGAUCAUAUCUGGGAGCUGAUUAUCACAGAGAAACAAUAUUGUCGAACGCUUAAAAUUAUGCAGAAAGUUUUUAGUCAUGGUUUGUUAAAUGAACUUCACUUUGCACCAGAAGUUGUCGAGAGGUUGUUCCCAAAACUUGAUGAUUUGAUUGAUAUUCACACCAAGUUUUUACGACAGUUGUUACAACUCCAGAAGAAACGUACUGAUAGACUUAUCGAGGAGAUUGGACCAACGUUAUUGGAAAUGUUUAGUGGUGCUACUGCUGUAAAGAUGAAGAAAGCUUACGGGUGUUUUUGCAGCAAACAUAAAGAGUCUGUGGCUCUCUAUAAAGAUUAUUUAAAAACAGAACGCAAAUUUCAUAGUUUCUUUCGGAAAUGUUCGGAACUACCCAUGGUUAAAAAACGUGAAUUUCCUGAUUUUAUGCUAGGAGUUACAUUACGUCUUUCAAAAUAUCCCUUACUUAUAGAAGCAAUACAAAAUAGUACUAAAGAUAAAAAAGAUCGUGAGAAGACACGGGAGGCCCACGAAUCUAGCAGAAACGUAAACUAUGAGGUAGACCAAGAUGUUGCAUCGUACGAAAAACUGGUUGAAGUACAGAAAAAUAUAGAUAGUCGUGCCACUACCGUUUUUAAGGGUAAAAAAUUUAAGCGACAAGAUAUAACAGCAGGUGAUAGAAGAUUUGUUUACUCGGGGAUCGUGGGAUGGAAAAACGCAAGAGGUAGAGUCACAGAUAUCUUGGCAGUUGUUUUAACAGACAUAAUUAUUUUCCUUCAAGAAAAUAAUCAAAAAUAUACUUUUUAUGUUCAAGAUAACAAGUCGUGUGUUGUUUCUCUGUAUAAAUUAUUAGUAAGGGAGAAGAAUGAUUCACGAGAUAGUCACGGUAUCUACCUCAUCUGUCAGAAUAAACAUCAGCCAGAGAUGUACGAACUGGUCUGUAAGAGUAAAGCUAGUAAAGAUGACUGGACAGAAAGCUUGAAGAGAGCGGUCGAAAAAUGUCCACAAGAAGAAGAAGUGCCAAUUGUUGUUAGUCUAGAGAAUGAAGCAGAUCGAACGAGAAAAGAAGAGAGAGCAGCCAAAAUACAGUAUAUAAUAGAACAAUUACAUCAGAAAGAUCGUGAUAUAAAAGAUUGUUGUGAAGAGAAGAAUCAAUUAAUGGUAGAAUUAUUAGAUAUAACCAACAGUCGAGAGGAUUCCCAUUCUCGUCCCAAUUCUCAGGAUUAUUCUCGAGGCAGUCAGUCUUUAGAAGUUUUACAGGCAGCUAUUUUAGAAGCAUCCCGUUUAACAACAAUUCUUCAAGGUUCUGGAACUCAUCUCAGCCGCAGUGUCAGCAGUGUUGGUGAACAUGUCAGUCAUUCAUAUGUUGCCAUGCCAAUGCCAAAGCGAGCAGAAACUUUCGCUGGUUUUGACAGUUCGUAUGAAGUGCCUAAAGGUGCUGUGAAGAAACGUUUUGUACCUCAAAUUCGUGAUAGUUCUUGUCGAACACCCAGUCUACUGAGUUUAGAUAAACAAGAUGCAGACGCGAGUAUUUCUAGUGUAGCUGAGCAAACCGGUGGUCACAAGGAAUCAACUGACAGUAGAUCACCUGCUCAACUCGGUCAAUCUCCAAAACAGAAAAACUUUGAAGAUGAAGGUGUUCGACCCUCUGAUAGAUUAAGUGACCUUGGAUCAUUUGGAGAACUAUCUGGAUCAUCUAUAUCGUCACUGGGACAUACGCUUGGUCGACACAACCAGGAGGAGAUGUCAUCCAUAACACAACUGUGUAGAUAUCUUCACUGUUUAAUGUCAUUAACAUCGGAACAUAGUACAGCUGUUGAAGACCUUCGAGCCCAGUUAAUAACAGCCAAUGAGAAAAUUAAUAAAUUAUCUGUUGAUGUCAGUGAGAAGAAAUCCGUUUAUCAUCAUAAUCAACUGGAAGAACUUCGAAAUCUUCAGGAGAAUUAUAGCCGUGAACGUCAGGAAUGGGAAAGAACUAGAUCCCAGAAUACUGUUUGGUUAGAAAGUGAAACUAGUAAACUGGAGGAACAGAGGCGGGUUUUAGCACGGAAAGAGGAUGAGUUGCGACGCCAACGAGAGGCCCUCCAGAAACAGAUCGACAUGUUAAAGGAAGUUGGUCUGCCUUUAUCAUCAAGUUUCUCUGGUAACCAACCAGUUUGUGAGCAUCCAGAUAGUCCUGAUAGUCGCCAAAAUAAUGAACCCGUUGUUCACAAACGGUCAGCAUCUGCAGACUUCUACAAGGGAACCUCUGAAGACUUGGAAAGACUUAAUCAGUACAACCAGCGGGACAACGCAGGAGAAUUCCGCGGGAACGGAUCAAAACCCCGUUUGUCGAUGGGGAAUUUACCGAGUUACAAUUCUGUUGGACAGAAACAAACUAUGCCUGUGCAUCUCUUAAGUACGACCAAUGAACAGAAAGUUGGUUCCAUAAAAGGACAACAGAUCCCGAUGAAACUUGUGGGAAAUCCAACACCUCAUGGUACUGCUCUACAUCAACAGAAACCUUCGUUACUGAAGGGUACGAUCAGUAAUCCAGCUCAUCAACGACAGGGUCUGCACCACGGACCAACAGGUCACAGUGCUCCCUCUAAUCUAGCUCUAGUGAAACGACUAGCUGAACCACAUCAUGGUACCAAGAAUAAGACGCCCUCCCCGCAGGGUAGCACCCACUCAGCACCAGGAGGAAACAAACAAGGCAAAUCAGACGAGGUGAUAUACUUCUAAACUGCAGCAAUAUAUCUGAGGAGAUUGAUCAGUAAGAAGUCUAGGUUAAUGUACAGAUGACAUUACCUAGGAUAUAACAAUGGUGCUACUUUCACUUGAUGUCUGAUUUCUUCGGUGGGUACAUGGAGGACUACAGUCUUACGAUUGGAUACGUUUAAUCACAUGAUGUACACAGAUUACUGGUAGUCCGAUGUAGUUGUGAGACAGACGUUGGAAAGACAGUUCCAAAAUGAAAGCUGUUCAAUUAAAUACCUUUUAAAUGAUUAAUUAAAUUAGUGCAAUUGUUAAUUGUUAGUGAUGAUUUGUUGACAAAAGAGCUGGUUUCUCUGUUUCGUUGAUUUUGAUUGGUUGGAAUUGAAUUGAAUAAUUAUGUAUUUGUUACAAAUGAUUGUAUUGGUUGAUGAUUAUGGACAAAUGGUCUGGUGACCAAUCAGCACAUUGAUUAUUGACAUAAGCACAUCUCGAGAGGCAAAGCCUCUCUCCUAAAGAUGAUGCUUCAUUAUCCUAAAAGUGCUCACUUCGUUAAAAAAAACCAAAACAUCUGACAAAAUGGCUUCUAAGCAUUGUCUGCAGAUAUUUCUGUCAAAUAUUUAAUAACUGCCCCGCCAUUUCGUGUUCAAAACUUCUCUCACAUCUGUGGAAUCACGCAAAAAUUGUGUUUAUUGUCAAAGAUGGAGACAAUAUUAUUUCACAUGAAUAAAAGUUCAGAUACUUUUCCUGUCGCACAAAUAUAUCGUAUGCAAUUAAUUUAAUUUUCGAGUCACAAUUUAGCAGAGCAGUAUUGUGAGUAAUAUUAAAAAAUAUGUAUUUAGAUAUGUCAAAUGAUAAUUUAUUACUUUGUACAUAUGUAUGUACAUACAGUAUGUUUUGCAAAUAUAAUUUAUACUUAUUUAGAUUUAUAUCAUCUUGAUCACUCUGUCUGAAAUCGUCUUCGCUUUGACUCCAACAAUUUUUAAUCUGAAUAAAAUAUGUCCAUUGUGUGUAUGGUUACUGGAUGUUCAUGUAGACAGUUUGUGCAGUGGCUUGUGGGAAAUGUCUUCUCAAUCCAUCAGUUAACAAUGCAUUCUGCGUAUUUCAAAUACAGGGUGAAGGUCAUUUUUUCUUCUCAGCCAAUCAAUAAUAAGACAUACCGGAAUCUUCAUAUGACCUUUAACACUGUAUACAGAUGUGAUACCAUUUUGUGGUAGUCAAGGGGAGACAGUUUGGGCUGGAUUGAUCGAGUGAUUGAGUUCAUUUUACGAAAGGUUUUUGUCUAAUUUAAGAUAAUAUUUUUAAGAAAUAGAUUUCGACGAUUUCAUAUACAUUUAAUUAAGGGUGCUGUGUAAUUAUGCGAAUAGUUUGUGUGACUUGAUGCAUACUUUGAUCGACUUCGGUGAAGUGCAAUUCAACAUUUUUUUUUUAAUUACGAAGAUUAUAAAUUAAUUAAUAAUUGAAAUAUAUGUACAUGCAGUGUUAUUAUUUUUUCAUUUUGAAUUCUAUUAUUAAAAGGCAAAAAAUCACUUGGGUGUAGCGACUAGAUUUCGCUUUGUUAUUGUUGUACACUCUUCGGAUACAUAUAAACGCAAAAACGAUGUUUCAUUUGAUGGCGAUGGAAAAUUCUAAAUCUUCCUAUGAAACUGAUCUAAGCAUCUUGGAGUAGGAACAAUGAGAUGAAAAAUGUCCGGUCCACAUCCCAGGACAAUGCACGCCAUAUGACAAAAUGUACAGGAUCUUAAGAGUAUUUUAUUUUCCAAAUCAGAUUGUACUAUUGCUAAUACAAUUAAUUGAUUCGUAACUUGACAGGUGUUUGGACCAGGAACUUUUCCACAAGCGCUGGCCUACGUGCUUUGAUAAUUUAGGAAACUCGGCAAGCAUGUUCCUUGGACAAUUUCGCAUUGAUUGAUGGCCUUCACUUUUUUAUAUGAUGUCACAAUUUAAAGAUGAUGGCGUCAUGAUCGGUUCUUGGUCCAUAUAGUACUAUCGUACUAUUUUUUUGUAUCCCCCCCCCCCCCCCGAAAAACGAUGAUAUAUAUUUUAUACGAAGAUAAGAAAUAAGUAAAUAACGAGACAUAUUCAUAUUAGAUUUUAAUUUUAUUGAUAUACACAGUAUAUAAAUAUGCAUGUUUUCAUAAUAACAAGGUAUAUUAAUACCUGCAUUUAAUGAUUUAAUAGUAGGAAAUUAUAACAUUAGGGGAUCUGUAAUAUAAAGAUAGUAACUUAAGUGAAUAUGCUUAGGUUUUGAUUUUUUCAAUACAAGUGCAAUUUGUUGGUUAUGUGAAGUCCUGAAAUGGGAAGUGGCAACGAUUGGGCAACUAAAAUGAGUAUGCUAUAUAUAGUAUAUGCACGGAACAACUCCCACGACUUUUGAAGACUAUUAAAGUUUUAAUGUUUUCAGUACAAAACAAAUUUGAGUAUGUUCAUUUGCAAGGAAUGAUCUGGACACUUUGGAAGCUGUGUUUCUAGUACAAGAGAAAGCUUACAAUAAAAUUUUGUUAGCUAUGUGAACUCUUGAAAUGGGAAGUGACACCAGGUGUCUAGGAGAUAGAGCAUAUCCUGCUACAUACACAACAGCUAUUGAAAUUAUCAGUCUUUAGGUUACAGUUCCUCUACUUAUUGAAGUAUAUAGACUAUUAUUAUUAACGUGUGAUUAAUUUAUUAUUUGGACAAAAAAAAAAGAUAUAAUAUGGACCCCUACACGAUUGACAUUUUGUAUGUAGGUUCCCUAUGGUUUUUUUAUUUUUUAAGUCGAUAAUAAUUUAGAGUUACCUAACUUAGGACUUUACAUCGUUGUCAUGGACACUACGUAUAUUUACAUGGAUUUGUCUUACUUAUGAACACUGUUACGUUGACGUUGAAAUAAAACAUUUUGGACCACAGCCUCCGCAGAUAACAAGGCAGAGCCAUAUUGUGUGUUGCGACAAAUUUGUCCUGUAAGGAAAAUGAAUUCCAUGCCAUAUGACUAGCGCUGCCGAGGUUGUUACGGAAGAAGUUCGCCUGUCCUUCAACUGUAUAGCAAACAGACUCAUAAAAACACCUCAAAUUUGACCAGAAUUCAAACUUUUUAAAAGAUCGCUGGCCACCUAUAUUAAUUAUUUUGUCGAAUGUGGCUAGUAACUUAGGGGCAUUAAUGUGCUCUAAGAGAUCUUUGUCCCAAACAAUGGGUUAUUUUGAAAAGUGCUUUUCGACUUGAAUUCAUUACUAAAAAAUGAAAAUUAGUUUUAAUUCCUCAUUUUCAACAUUCCUUUAAGAUCAAAAAAACUCAUUAUUUUUAUAAUUAUUUUGGCUUCAAAUAACUUUUUUUUGUGUUUUUUUUUACUAUUUUAUAUUUGAACUGGUCAGAUGUUUGGUAUUUAACUGUUUGCUAGUUAUAGAUAUCGUGGUGUUUUUUUUUAAAACUUGUAAAAUAUUGUGUUCAUAAAUCAUGUGGCUUGUUUUUCGUAAAUUGUUGUUGCUUAAUAAACUGUCUACUGUGUGAUCAGCUAAUCCUAGUAAUUGUAAAGAUCCCUGUCGAAAAUAAACUCCAUAGCUUGGCAAAAUACAUGGAGGAAUUAUUAUUUGUUGUUUAUGAGUUGUUAAGAAAACUGCACUUUAGUUAACUUUAAUUUGUCAAAUUCUUAUUCUGUGCUUCAUUCUGAGAUUGUUUCGAUUAUAAAAUUGUCUAAAGUUUUGAGAAGUAUUGGUGAUAAAAAUACUGUCAAAUCUCAAACAGCCUUUUGUUCGAGUUUUUUCAUCUUUUUUUUUAAAAACUUAUAUAAAAUGGUUGUAGGUUGACCAUUGUUUAAGUUAUUUUCUAAUUGUUCAUAGUGUAAAAUAAACUAUUUUUACUUUAAGAAAAAAAAACCUGACAAAAUAUUUGUACAGUUAUAGAGGACAAUCUAUAUUAUUAAAUUUAUAAAUAGAAUUUUUGUAGAUAAAUAGAUUGAUUAUGUAGGCAAAAGAUGGUUCAAUGGCACAAAAAUAUUUCUUUAUUUUCAAUUAAUUUGUGACAGGCAAUAUCUCUGUUAGGCUUUGUUCACGAAUAUAUAAAUUCUUAAAAUGGAUUUUAGCUAAAAAAAAAUUAUCUAAUAUUAAGGAUUCUUUGAAUAGGGCCCAGAGGCCAUUUAAUUGGUUGAGCAUUAAAAUCCUAGAACAGAUUUUACAGCUCCUGACCAAUGAAAGGGCAGAAUUUUCAAAAUAUGCUAGGUUUUUAUGAAUAAGGAUAAAGACCUUGAAGCCAAAUUUUGCACAGUGAUUAAAGAUAAAGGAAUUUUUUGUGUCAUUGGUAUGGAAGAAUUACCAUAUAGUUACAAGAGUAGUUAGUGUUAAUUUAAAACCAUCAUGGUGCCAGUUAUAUGUACAUGAUUUAUUGUUAAAAUAAUGUUAUUCCCUCCCUUUUGAUUGGUCCUUAUUUCAAAUCAUUAAGACAAUCAACCAAUCAGUUUGUCAGAUAGCCCAAUUCAUUCUGCAUCCAUUGAUCAGAACAUUAAAGGUGCUCAACUUAUUUUUCACAUUCGUAGUACUUGAUCUUUUUCUCAGAGGCAAUCAUUAAUUCAUUAAUUUACUGAUGCAGAUCUGUAGAAUUAAGAAAACAAUGAAAUGCAAAUAAGUCUUAUAUAUAGACGGUAGGACAUGUGUGUGUAAUUAAUUCUGACCGAGGCUUCAUCUUGGUCUGCAUAUAGUCUGUGUAAACACAGUCUCCUGCUUGAAAACGUUGGCAUUCUUAAAAACUUGCUUCUGUAUAUCCAUCUAAAUGGUGUAUUAACUAUAGAUUUAAGAUGCAGUAUGAACUGGGCUCUAUUUGUAUUGAUGAUGCAACUGGUUUGGCGAAACUAAACUGCUAACCAGCAAAGCAUCCUGUUUAACACCAUGUGAACACUGUGUAUGUUUUACACCAUAUAUGUCCUAGUAAAUUAUAUAUAUAUAUUUAUAUACUACAUUAAUUAUCAUGGGGCAGAGUGUCUGAAAAAAAACCCAAUAUUAUUAUAUUAUAAACAAGUUUUUUUUUUGUUUCUUGAUUGUUUAACUUUGUGUAGAUUAUUUGGGAUGGACCCUAUUCUGUUACUCCUCACUUGUCAUUGUUUUCACCAUUUGUUAUUAAAUUUGGUAAAAACGACAAAAAAAUUAUAAAUAGUACAUUUUAUAAUAAAAAAAAUGCUCAAAAUUAUA